UCAAACUCAAAACUCUCUUGUCAAGUUAAAAGUAAAACAGAGUUUUCUGAUCUGAAGAGUAGCCAAACUGGGUUCUGAUAUUCUCAGAUGAUAGAAAUUUUGAUGAUGAAGGAUUGUAAGAGCAUGGCCAAGUGUUUUGGGAUAGGGGGUUUUGUGUUGCUGCUGGUACUGGCGGCGUCUAUGUUGGUUCUUCCGUUGAUGCUGCCGCCCCUUCCUCCUCCGCCCUUGAUGCUGCUUUUCUUUCCUGUUGGGAUCAUGGCGGCUCUCAUGAUCUUGGCUUUCUCCCCCGCUGACGUUGCCGGGAAUGUUGUGGUUCAUUCCGUGUAAGAUCGAUCUGCGCAUUUCUUCAAUUUGCAGCUACAAAUACAAUAACAUUAGAACUGCACAAGGAAAUGUAGAAAAUCAAUUUUCAGAUAAAAAGCCAUUACAUUAAUUUUUUUUUUCUUCUUCCUUCGCCGUUUCUCUAUUCUUUGAGCAGCCAUUUUAGAAGUUUUUGGAGCAAGUCAAAAAGGGUUAUCUUCUACAGUCUCUGUUUUUCAAAAUCAAUGUUGCUGAGCAACACAUUAUAGUUUUGAAGCUAAAAAUUCAUAAACACACGCAUUGAUUUCAACAUAUAAACCAUGCAAGACAGUGGUCAUACUUAGAUUUUCCAUCCAUGGAAGAAUAAAAAAGGGAUUAAUGUCAAGCUCUAAAUUUGACUAAAGGAGGAUAUGGGAAGCCUCUUCAUUUUGAAUAAAUAGUUUUAAUGCAG